UCAGCAAAUGACAUCUGCAAACAAUCAAAAGUUUAUUUUUUGCUGGGUCUGUUACCCAGCAAAGAGAGAUCAUUAGUCCAACGAUCGUCAAUAUCGCGGCCGCAAUUGAUGAUACAAUGCACGCUUGUUUGACACCAACGGGGACGGGUGCAUACAUGCCUGAUAUAUGUAGUUCGAGAACCUCGAAUGCUUUCCUACUAACAUCGUUUGUUUCUUGUCUUGCUCUUUCGUGGUUGAGAUUUCUCAAAUCUCAAGAUGGUGCAACUUCUCUCCCAGGCCGACGGCUAUGGCAUUAUCAUCGGACUUUCGAUCUUGUUCUGCCUUCUUAUCAUCGCUGCAGUCCGCAUACAAAAGAGGUAUCUUUCGGAGGAUAGUGAUCAGUCCGAAAUGUUCAUGGUCGCAAAUCGGUCCGUUGGAACGGGCUUGACAGCCUCAGCAGUCUUCUCGACUUAUACCUACAAGUGGUGGAUUGCUCUCCCAAUCUGGUGGGCAAGUGGGCUCUCCUUUCAGAUUGCGCUUAUGGCCGUCCUCGGCAUCGUGGCAAAGCUGCGAGUACCAUACGCGCAUACCUCACUGGAAAUCAUCAAAAUGAGAUAUGGAAAGUAUGCUCACUGGGUGUUCAUUCUGCUGAACUUGGUCAACAAUAUUUUUGGUUGUGGCAGCAUGAUUCUUGCAGGUGCUCAACUUGUCACCGGAAUGACGGGGAUGCAUGUUAUCGCUGCAUGUAUCCUGAUUCCAGCAGGAGUCGUCACUUAUACUGCCGUUGGUGGCUUGAAAGCCACGUUUCUAACGGACUUUCUGCAUACCACGAUCGCUUUGAUCCUCUUGAUCUACUUUUCUCUCGCCGUUUUGACGAACGAGCACAUUGGUGGUCUCUCAGGCUUGUACGACAAAGUCAAAGCUGCGGAUGACUAUAUUCCUGGCAACUACCAAGGCUCGCUUCUGACCAUGAAGUCUAAAAGCUCUGUCAUGUUCGGCCUCGUACUGAAGUUUGGCAAUCUUGCACUCGUCCUGAUGGACACUGCGUUCUGGCAGAAGUCGUUCGCUUCCAAAGUACACUCCACAGUUCCGGCGUACGACCUAGUCGCCCGCGCAAUCGAGAAGACCCCUGUCUGGUUCGACCAUCCCAACACUUUGACAACCACCCAGGUGAACUCCGGUCUCGUGAUGCCAUACGUACUAAGGUCUCUACUUGGCACAGGUGCCACUACUGGUCUGCUUGUACUCAUUUUCAUGGCCGUCACCAGUACGGUAUCCUCUUCUAUGAUUGCUGUCAGCAGUAUCAUCUCUCUCGACUUUUUCCGCACAUACAUCAAUCCACGUGCUUCGGACCGCAAAACUCUCCAGGUGAGUCAUUGGGGUGUUGUGUUCCACGGCUGCUUCAUGGCUGGCUUUGCCAUCAUGCUCGAAUAUGCUGGUGCAACGAACAACUGGUCUACUUACUUCCGACCAAUUAUCGCAUGUCCUGGCAUCCUGCCCUUGAUCUUGACGCUCCUAUGGUCUAGACAAACGAAGCUGGCAGCAAUCCUAAGUCCUAUUCUUGGGAUUCUUUCUGGACUUUCUGCUUGGCUUGCCCUAUCUUGGUACUGGUCUGGAGCAUUAAAUAUUCAAACCACUCAGGUUCAGGUACCAGGUCUUUAUGAGGCUAUCAUCUCUUUCUUCUCUCCGGCGCUCUACUCUGUUAUCAUUUCUCUAGUCUGGCCAAGCCAAUUCGACUGGCGCGACUCUCUCCAGUCCGGAUUACCCAGUAGCGAAGCUGUCAAUGAGAAGAUUCGAACCGAAGGAAAUGCCGAGAAGGGGACCUACUUCACGACCGGAGAAGAUAGCAGCCCACUUCCACAUCCUUCACAAAUCCAGCAGAACUCUCAACCACCUCUCGACGAAGUUGUUCACCCAUUUGACGAACAGACACUUAUGCAUAUCAGAAAAUGGUUCAAGAUUGCUAGCAGCUACUUCGUUCUCAAUGUUCUGGUCACCAUCGUUCUUUGGCCUUUGCCUCUAUACCGAGACUGGAUUUUCACCAAGAGCUUCUUCGGCGGCUGGGUCACCAUGGCAAUUAUAUGGCAUUUUGGAGCUAUUGCGGCUGUUAUUGUGUACCCAAUCUAUGACAGUCGACAUGAGAUUGCUAGGGCCGUUCGCGGCAUGGUGAAGGAGGCAAGAGGGGGGAGGUGA